GCGGGGCCCCAGCGAUUCCAUCUCGACACACGACUCAACCUUCAUCCCGAACGCCAACGGUCCUUCGCAAAAGAGCGUAAUCGCACGCGCGCGAAAAAAAGAGAGGGAAGAAAUAGAGAAACCGAGGGACACAGGAAUCUCCCCCGCGUUCUUUCGUUCUCCGAUCGAUCGCGCCCGAUCGAUAGUUCGCGCGAACCGGUGAGAGCCGAUCCGCGAGAGACAGAAGCAAGAGAAACCGAGAAGAGGAGAGAUCAUCGCCGUGCCCGACGCCGACCCGUCUGGCAAGAAUUUCACGCUUACGAAGGAGAGAAAAAGACAUAUUUUUGCACAAUGCUAAAAUUCGCUGUAGUAAUGGUGUGCCUCUUGGGGCUGAAGAUGAUUACUGCCAUGCCAGUGGCCGAUCACCACGAGGAGCCGUUGCCAGUCGUACCUCUCGAGGAGAAGGUCGCGGCGGAAUCUCUGAAGGCGGCGGAGACAGCUUCGGGGAUUGCGCAGAGCAGCGCACCCGUGGAACCUGCGGUGGCUAGCCAGUCAGAGCAAUCAGCGGCCGAACAACCCGCUUCGGUUGAUGCACCUGCUGUAAGGAGCAGCGAGGAAGUCCAACCAACUGAGCCGAAGAAAGAGGAGCCACAGCAGCCGGAACAGCCGAAAGUGGCUGAGGAAGUCCAAGUGCAACCCAAAUCCUCUGAGGAACAGCUCGAGGAGAAGGAGGAACCAAAGGUGUUGGCUACUGCCGAGGCGGAAAAGAAAGAGGACCAAGAGGUCCUCAAAGAGGCAGCUUCUAAGAUAAAGGAAACUGUGCAGCCCGCGCCACAAGAGCCAGAGCAGAUCGCGAAGGAAGAGAGCGUAGUCAUUGAGGAAAAGAGCGCGGAGCCGGCCGAGCCUGUACCCGAGAAGCCUGUGGCCAUUGAGAAACGCGCUGAUGAUGCCGUCGAGAAAGUCGCCAAGGAAGAGCCAAAGGAGGAAAAGAAGCUGGAGGAACCAGCGGUACAGCCAACCCCGAAGAAGGAGGAGCUCGCGGAAGUUGUUGCCGCUGUUGAAGGAAAAAAGAUUGAAACAACAGCCGAACAAGCAAAGGAGUCUGAGAGUCACUCGCUCGCUCAUGCCAAGGUCGAAGACAAGCCUGAUCGCGUGACCCGUGACGCUGAGGAAUCCGCCGUUGGCGCAGCUGCCGCCCCCGUUCAAGAACCAACUCAACCACAAGAAAAAUCCGCACCUGUCGCGGAGACUGAGCAAAACGUAGCGGAAGUGGCCGCGCCGGUGGAGGAACCAAAACCGAUCGAAAAGAGCGAAAAGAUCGAGAAUAGUGAGCAGCUAGAGGCGGCGCCCGGCGAGCAGACGGCUGUCAAAGUCGAAGAGCCGGUCAAGAGGGAGGAGAAGGUAGCUGAGGAGAAAGUUGCUGAGAAGGAGCCUGAGAAGGAAGCGAAGAGCGCCGACUCUCCCGUUCAAGUGGAGGCGGCCAAGGAGCAGCAGCCUGCGCAGCCUCAGGAAUCUAGCCAGAUUAAGCGAGAUACGGCGGAGGCAGCCGAAGUCCCUCAGGCUAAAUCGGAACUUCCACCCGCCGAGGAGCCGCAGCCAGCUCAACAACCACAACAGCAACAACAGGAACCCGCCAAAGAGGCGAAGGAACGCUCUAAUGAUUCUUCCGAAGAAAAAUCUGCUGAAGACAGCAAGGACACCAAGAGCAGCGAGGAGGAUAAGUCUUCCGAGGAGCAUAAGGAUGCCAACAAGCCCAAGCUGGCGGAGUUGCUUCCGAAGCCCGAGCAAUAAAUCUCGGUGCGAGGAGGGCUUGACGAGUAACCUCAGCGGCGCGGCAGCAACAGCAGCAGCAUCAUCACGAGGAGGAGAAGAGGAAGGAGGAUCGCUCCUCUUAAGGAUCGGGACGAGCUCAGGCAUCGGCAUCUCUGGCCAUCAGGAUGCGGGCACGAGUUCGUCGCGAGACAACAGGAGCGGAAGCGCGAGAAAAAGUGCGUGCGUGUGCGUGUGAGUGCGUGUGUGUAUGUGUGAAAAAAAGAACGAGAAUUUGAAGUCGGAAUGCCAGAGCAAGGAGCACAGUGCACUCAGUGCACAGGAGCACUCUCAGCGAUGAAUCCGGAAAGCGUGAAAGUCGCACAGUGUGAAUGAGAGGAAGAGAAAGAGAAA